UGCCGCGGGCCACCGGCUCUCCGCGCCCGGCGGGGACCGAGCCGGUUUGCCGAUCAGCGAGUAACGUGACAAACCGCGGUCAGCGGAAGUUCUGCCGGAGGAACACCGGAAACUUCUGUAGGAUCAGGGACUCUCCCGUCUGCAGAGAAACAGGCGUUCGUGGAAACUUCGCGCAGAACUGUGCAGAGAUCAUGGAUGAAGUCCGGGUUGCUGUGAUCGGUGCCGGUGUGGUGGGGUUGUCCACUGCGCUGUGUGUUGCCGAGACUGUUCCUAACUGCUCCGUUACUGUGAUUGCAGAAGAGUUCUCUCCACACACCACCAGCGAUGUGGCUGCAGGAGUCCUCAGCCCACACCUCUCUCCCGAGACACCAAUCGAUCGUCAGAGGCGCUGGUUUAAAGACACGUUUGCCCACAUCUACUCCAUUGCUCAGUCGGCAGAGGCGCCUGAUGUAGGUGUGCAGUUCUUGUCUGGAUGGGAGAUUUUUGAGGAGCCUCCUAAGGAAAGGAUCCCAUUUUGGUCUGAUGUUAUGCUGGCAUUUCGUGUUAUGAAUAAUUCUGAGCUGAAGAGAUUUCCACAGGCCACGUUUGGUUGGAUGUAUACCACUCUGCAGUGUGACUGUACCCUGUACCUACCUUGGCUGGAGAAAAGGUUAAAGAAGGCAGGAGGCCGGCUGCAGGUGGGGAAGGUCACAGAUCUCUGGGAGCUGGAUGGAAAGUAUGACAUUGUUGUGAACUGUUCAGGCAUUGGAGCCAGGGCACUCACAGAAGAUAUGCAAAUAUAUCCAGUGAGGGGCCAGGUCCAUAAAGUUCAUGCUCCUUGGCUGAAACACUUUGUCCGUACAGGUGAUGGCACCAUUUAUGUCUACCCAGGAAUCAAUAGCGUUACCUUGGGUGGAACAAGACAGAGAGGCGAUUGGCGGAUGUCAGUUGAUCCAUUCGACAGCAAGACCAUUUUCGAGAAGUGCUGUGCUUACGAGCCGAGUCUUAAGCUCUGUCGGAAGCUUUCUGAAGGGGUCGGUCUGAGGCCAACCAGAGAUGUUUUGAGGUUGGAGAAGGAGAAGCUGAAACGAGGCAGCCGUCAGAUAUUUGUGGUCCACAAUUACGGCCAUGGUGGGGCUGGAGUUACUUUCCACUGGGGGACGGCAAAGGAAGCAGCUCAAUUGGUGAAGGAGAUCAUACCGGAAGUAAGACAUCGACCCUCUUACACUACAUCGAAGCUGUAAGAAGAGAAGCACUGAAAUCUGCAGCAUCACUUGCCUGUUCAGCACUCCUGGUGUAUGAGUUAAUUCUGUAGGAAUUUUAAUGGGUAAUCUAGUUCACGGGUAAUAUAGCAAUCGCAGAACCAUAGAAUUGAGAAAAUUGAAACAAAAAUUGCAUAUGUUGGAAAUCUGAAACAAAACCAAAGGUUGCUGGAAGCACUCGAGUCUCUGAACUGGAACAUUAACUGUUUCUCUCUCCACAUAUGCUGCCUGACCUAAGAGUUCCCAGCAUUUUCUGUUUUUGUUUUUAGUUUGGAAACCUAAUUUGUUUGGCAAAUCAUUCUGAGAAAGCCACUGUGUGUUUCUACAGUAAUUAGGUGCUAUGGAUAAUUUAGAUAACAAGGUGUAACUGUACAAAUCAACUGAUGUAUAAGCUCCACAUGCUGGUACCUUACAUUUUCUCAACGAUUAAUGUCACUGACUGUGUGAUCAGAAGUUGCACAUUGCUGAUUGAUAAUUUAUC